UAAAUAAAGAAAAAGAGAAGAAAAUCUUAAACCGAAAAAUAAAUAAAAUAUAAUAAAGUUAACUUAAAUAUACUUAAGUUAACUCGUAGAAGUUAGUCAAACUGUUGCAGAAGUUGGGACGUCUCUUAAACGACGCUCACAAAUUGGUGCCGUAACCCGGGAAAAUACUUAUCCUGCUUCGGUACUUCUACAAUAAAUACGAAGUUCAUCUUCAUUAUCAUCAUUGAAGUUUGAUUUGUCACUAUUCGCCGAUAUAAUCAAUUCAAAACAAAGAGCCUAUUUAUAAUAACAUACAACAACACCGAUACAAUUCAUCUUUAUCCAAUUAGUAAUCCUUAGCCAUUAGUCAUCCAUAUCCAUUAGGUGCUAGUCCUUAUCCGUUAUCGACCUUCAUCUUUAUCCAGUAGGUGCACAAUAUUUAUUGUCCAACAAAAACGUUUAAUUAUUGUUGUCCGUGCUUGAGAAACUCUAUUAAAUCGAUUAAGAGCCAAUAAUUUGAUUAGAAUAUUCCUUUUUAAAUUAACAGCAGCCAUAGACUAAACUGAAAUCUAUUUUAUUAAAUAAAAAGAUCUGACGUUUCGACUCUUCAUAGAGUCAUUCUCAAAGAAUAUUACAGAACAUUACUGUACUUUACGCAUGAAAUGUUGUGAAAAGGAAGAAGAAUUUUGCCUGUAUAUAUUGUGUGUUACUUGUAAACAGUCAGUCAGUAAUUAUAUUAUCAGUCCCUUUUGUUUCACUCUUCAUAACAUUUCUCUAUCCGCCUGGAUCAAUAUUCCUUUUGCUCUUUCUCUGAGAAAGGCCGUCGGGAAACACAAUCAAAGGUACAGAUCUAACUGUACGAUUUAAGUCAGGAUUGAAUGAUGCUAUUUAGUGGUCGUCCACAACAAUUCAACAUCAUUAAAAAUAGCGAGUUUGACACCUGUUCGGCAAAUAAUCCAUAAAGGACAAAGAGUAACUGAUCUCGACCCAUGGUAUGAACAACGGACAACACCUUCAACAGAAAUUCUCGAUCCACAACAACAUCACCAACCUGCUGACGAAAUUAAUGAUUAUAUUAAUCAAACAUGUGCAUCUGUUACGGAUUCUGUUAAUGUCGUCGAUUCUGAUGGGUACGCGAUUAGUAAUGAAGCUGAACUGAGCAACGGCGUUACGAAUAUUGGAAAUAAUCAUCAACAAAAUGAAACUGAUAAUAAUAAAAUGAACGAAUAUCCAUGCAUCCGUGAUAACAAUACAACACGUCUAAUUUCAACAACAUUUCAUCAAUAA